CCCGGUUCAUGGAGGUCCUGUUGGAAACCCUGGGAGACGUUAUCAAAAAGGCUUUUGCUGGCUGGUCAGGGAAGAAGGUUGCCGCAGCGGAGGCGAACUUCACGAGCUUGCAGAAGCUGUACGCAUUCGCGCAGUGCACGCCGGACUUGACAGCAUGGGACUGUAACAAGUGCCUCCAGAACGCAAACGGUUAUCUGGUGGAGGGGAAGCAAGGUGGGAGGACGCUCACACCGAGCUGCAUCGUGAUGUACGAGUCCUACCCCUUUUAUAACGCCUCCGCCUUGCCGGUGUCCGCGCCUCCGCCUCCGCCUCCCGCUCCAGUGACCGAUGAACUUACCACCGUGGAGUCCUUGCAAUUUGACUUGGCUACAAUACAAGUGGCAACAAAUGAUUUCUCUUCUAAAAACAAGUUGGGUGAAGGUGGAUUUGGUGAAGUUUUCCAGGGUAGACUUCUUGAUGGACAACAAAUCGCAGUGAAGAGGCUAUCUCGAAGCUCAAGACAAGGUGAUGAAGAAUUUAAGAAUGAGGUUCUAUUAGUUGCCAAGCUUCAACACCGAAACCUUGUACGACUACUCGGAUUUUGCUUGGAGGGAGACGAAAAGCUACUUGUGUACGAGUUUGUGCCAAAUAAAAGCCUUGAUUACUUCUUAUUUGAUCCCCAAAAAGGUGGUCAAUUGAAUUGGUCCUUACGUUAUAAAAUAAUAUAUGGGAUCGCUCGAGGAAUGCUCUAUCUACAUGAAGAUUCUCGUCUCCGGAUCAUCCAUCGUGACCUAAAAUGUAGCAAUAUAUUAUUGGACAGUGAAAUGAACCCGAAGAUUUCAGAUUUUGGCAUGGCAAGGAUUUUUGGAGUCAACCAAACUCAAGCUAGCACAACUAAAAUCAUGGGGACUUUUGGUUACAUGUCUCCUGAAUAUGCAAUGCAUGGAGAAUUCUCAGUGAAAUCCGAUGUUUAUAGUUUCGGCAUACUACUUAUAGAGAUCAUUUGCGGCAAGAAGAAUAACUUCUACCACCAAUUGGAUGGGGGUGAAUAUCUUGCUAGUUAUAUAUGGAAUAAAUGGAGAGACGGCACGCCAUUGAAAGUGUUAGACCCUGCUAUCAUGGAUUCAUAUUCAAGAGAUGAAUUCCUUCGUUGCUUGCACAUUGGCCUACUAUGCAUUCAAGAAGAUCCAGCUAUUAGACCCAUCAUGGCAACCGUAGUUCAUAUGCUCAGCAGCAAUUACCUUAACCUAUCAUCACCUCGACGUCCAGCCUUCUUCAUCCGAAGUAGAUUGGGAGGAUUGAGCAUCCCAAUGAAAGAGCUUGGAUCAAAUCAAUCUACUGGUAGGAGUAUGCCUUUGUCAACCAAUGAUAUGUCAGUUACCGAGCUGUACCCCCGAUGA